AUGGCCAUGGACCAGCUGCCCGAGGACCUGCUCGCCGACGUCCUCCGCCGCCUCCCUCCGCACGUCCUCGCCGCGGCGCGGUGCGUGCACAGCUCCUGGCGCGCCGCCGUCGACGCCCGCCGCCUCAUGGACCCCCCACGCCGCUCGCCGGCAUCCUCAUCAACUUCCAAGGCCGCGAGUUCACGCACCUCUUCGCAUGCCCCCCCCCCCCCCCCCCCCCCCCCCCCCGCGCCGGCCUCGUCCGUGGCCACCGCCAAGUUCCUCCGGCGCCUUCCCGACUGGGGCUGUGACGUGCUCGUCAAGGACCACUGCAAUGGCCUCCUCCUCCUGCUGGGCGGCUACGUGGUGAGCCCGGCCGCGCGGCGGUGGGCCGUGCUGCCGCCGCGGCCGCGCCGCCGCGACACCAAGGAGCUCUUCUUCCGCCACUACGACUACAUCGCGUUCGAUCCCGCCGUGUCGCCGCACUACGAGGUGUUCGGCGUCCCGGAGGUUCCUUGGAGCCGGGGACCACGGGCGGCGGGGUGGGAGUGGCCGCCGUCGCCGAUGCUGCUGCACGUGUACUCCUCCAGGACUAACAGGUGGGAGGAGAGGUCCUUCCGGCGGCAGGGGGAGGCCUUCGGGACCAUCGCCGACGUGCCUUGGUCUCGCAUGAACCAAAGACGCGCCGUCUACUGGCAUGGACACCUCUACGUGCACCACCAUUUUGUCAUGAGAAUAUCUUUGUUAAGUGGCAAGUACCAGGUAAUCAAGCCACCCCAAGGUAUUAUUACCAAGGCCCAAGAAGUUCCACAACAACGACUCGGAAAAUCGGAGAAAGGUGUGUAUCUUGCAUCAAUCGCUUCUCAUCGCUGGCUUCAAGUAUGGAUCCUCGACGAGGCUCAUGCUCCUACCGAGUGGUUCUUAAAGUAUGAGACAGAUCUUGUCCUUGGCCGUAUGCAAGCAGAUCUGAGAUACAAUCCGGAUGCUCAGGGGUCUUGGAUCAUAGAAGACGUCAACGAUAAUCCCCCUCGUGAUAGAUCUCCAGAUUACAAAGAACAAGCUAAGCAGGAAAAUAAGGAUGUCCUUGGCACCAAAGAUUUUUACAUCCUUGGAUUUCACCCUCAUGAAGAAGUUCUCUUUCUGAGCGAGUCCUUGCAGAGAGGAAUGGCCUAUCAUUUGAGUAGCUCGAAGUUCCAAUACCUGGGAAACAUGCGCCCGACACGCUACCAUGGGUUUAGUGAAGGCUAUGAAUUCUUACGAAGUUCAUUUCCAUACACGCCAUGCUUGACCGCAGAGUUCCCUAUGGAUAAUUGAUUCAGGAGCUCAUCAUGUGUUCCCAAACAUCUCAUCAUGUGUUCCCACACAGUGGCUGCGAUGGAGGCUCCUCAAUAUGCCUGUAUAUUAUAUAAUGGGGCGUGUAAGGGAGAAAUUGCAUAAUGAAAAUGUUCUUCUGGAAUUUACUGGGUUUGUCUAAGAGAGAAAUUGCAUAACUAAAAUGGUUUUUAUUAUUUGAAUAUGUGAAGCAGACAACAGCAACGUUAUGAUCUCAGACCAAAUUACAGAUGCUUUUGGCAUUUUGGUCACCUCUUUUUUUUUAAAGGAUUUUGGUCACCUUUUAGCUCAGCAAGG